UUUUUUUAAUUCUUUAAAUUCCAGAAUAAGAUCACUGAACUCAGUUCAGUAUAAAUCCUUGUCCCAUUUAACUUCUCUAUGUCUUUAGCGAAGGUAAACUGACUCACGAUCAGUGUCUGACGUCGAUUCUUAACGGUCCACUAUAGUCCAACGCCCCCCUAAACCACCGUCCAAUUACUGACGGGCUCCAAAAAAUUGACGGGAAUAUCAGCCAAUCAGGCGGCAGUUUGUAGAGUAUGGGUGGGAACUCCUAACAUCAGGGAAGUGAGCUGUUUUACUUGGGGAACUGUUUUCAUGAAAUCUUCUUAAAGGAGUGACUUGCAACGCAGUGAUGUCCUGGGUGGGUUACUCAGGCUAAUACCAGCUCAAAGUUGGUUAGCCGAGUGUUAGCUUAACUUAAGUGUUAUCAGAGGUUUAGAUAUUACGUGACGAAGAGAAAAAAAGAGAAGUAUUACGACACCAAACUGAGCUUCCUGAACUGAGGUGAAGCUAGGUAACCAAAACCUCCAACCGCAGAGGACGCCGAAGGUGAAAAAGGGAGUUCAGGAAGAGGUUGACCAAGUUCCCGACGAAGUGAGCUAUUUAUAACGUGAUUCGGAUUAAGUAAAGCUGAACGGAUUUCGCGAUGUCUCUGGCCGACCAGAGCCAGCAGUGGUUCCCGACGAGUGUCCAGGUAACGGUGCAUCAGGCUCGGAGCCUGCGGGUGAAGGGCAAGAAUGGCACCAACGACGCCUACGCCAUCAUCCAGGUGGCCAAAGACAAGUUUUCCACCUCCGUGGCCGAGAAAAGUGUCGCUCCGGUGUGGAAAGAAGAGGCUUCGUUUGAACUGCCCCUCUUCCACCCGGGCAACGCUGAGCGCUGCACGCUCUAUAUCAUAGUAAUGCACCGAGCUCAGGUGGGGCUCGACAAGUUCUUGGGUCAGGCUGUGGUGAACCUCCUGGAUCUGCACGACAACAAGUCGCGCAAAAAGACAGAUUGGUUCAAGCUGGUGGACAAGUCUGGAAAAGAGGACAAGGCGCGAGGGGAGGUGCUGCUUGAUAUCCAAUUUAUGAGAAACAACAUGUCAGCUAGCAUGUUUGACCUUUCUAUGCAGGACAAGCCGCGCUCCCGCAUCUCCAAGCUGAAGGACAAAGUCCGUGGGAAGAAAAAGGAUGGCUUCUCUGACUCUGCCUCAGCUAUUGUGCCCUCUGUCAGCCAGGUCCUCACCGACAGUGAUGCUGAGCCAGAUUCACAGUCGCUCAGUCAGUCUCCAGGAGUGAAAAAGAAAUCCAAAUUCAAAACACUCUUUGCGCCGAAAUCAAACUUGCAGCGUAACAUCUCACAGUCCAUGUCUACACUGGGGUCUCUGCCCGAGAAGAAUUCAUCUCUCAGUGGCAGCCGCUCAUCUGGCCUUAAUGUUGACUCUCCCGAAGGCAAGAAGAAAUUCAAAUUCCUGGGACAUAAGCGAACAGGCAGCUCUGACAGCAAGGUGUCUCAGGGUCCUUUCUCCCUACUGGGCCGCUCCAAGCAGAGUAACAGUGACCUGAACAACCUGUGCAUCAACGGCAACCAUGUGUACACAGAGGAAGAGCCCAAGAGUGGAUCCACUCUCAGUUUGAACAGCUCUGGCCAAGGAUCUGUGGAAGACAUCCACAAACACACCUCUGAUCCAGAUCCCUCUCGUGUACCUGUCCCCUCCAUUCACGUAGAGUCAGACAGGGCAAUACUGGAGCAACAGCGCCAUCAAGAGGAGGAGGAGAGAAGACAGGCCGAAGACAGGCGCAUAGCAGAGGCCAAGAAGCUGGAGGAAGAGGAGAAAUACAGGAUAGAGAUGAAGAGGCUAAAGGAGGAGGAGGAGAACCGAGUACAAGAGGAACAGGAGAGGAAGAGACGCUUCCUUGAGGAUGAAGCGAGGAGGAAGAAACAGAUGGAGGAGGAAGAGAGGAGAAAGCGUGAGGAAGAACGCAGGAUGCUGGACGCAGCAGCUGAGGAGCAGAAACGUCAGGAGGAGGCCUCCAUGAGCGACAGGCUGACGUCUCUGUUUGGAAUGAUCAGAAAGAAGGAGGAGAAAAAGGAGGAGGUCCAGCAGCACAUCAAAGAGGAUCUACCCACACCAGCCCCUCGCAGUGACGCCAAAGACCUGCAACAACCAAUCUCCCACCACUCCACCAACCCAUUUGAGGACAUCCCCCUCAACUCAGAUCCUUCAGCUGAUCAGCCAAAAUCAAGCCGCAACCAGCAAACCCCCUCUGCCAUGGUCUUCCUCAACCGCACUGCUAAAGUGUCUGCAGUCAAACCCAGAUUGCCUCAGUCUCUGGAGUCUGAACCCGCUGACUGCCGAACCCCCAGUCAGCUGCGUCCUUCCCCAGCCACCUCUGAGUCAACCGUGUCUAGUGUCCCAUCUGAGUCCCCUGAUACUUUCUCCAGCCUCCACUCGUCUCUGGCUCCACCAAACCUAAGUCAAAGCCUGUCUGGUUCCCCUCCUGGCAGCAUAGACAAUUUGUCCUCUGAAGGAUCCUCACCCACCAUGGCGGAUAAGAAGAAAAGAGCACCCCUGCCACCCUCUCAUCCAGCGCAUGGCACCCAAAGUGGAGGAAAUCAAAUCCAUAACCCUGCAUACGUAGACGGCCCGCAGCAAGGCAAAAAGCUGUCUCUUCCACUUCCUGAUUAUGAAACCCUAUUUCCUCAGAAAAGACAUGGAGUGAAAGGGCAAACACGAUGGGACCACAUCAUCGCCGAGGUCAAUCAGAGACAGAGGGACAUUCCAUCUGAUUUUCUUGGUCCAGAAAUGAGUGUGGAUAGUCCAGAGGAGCAUGAAUCCAGUGUGGGGUUUUCACUUCCACAGAAGAAAUCGGCUUUGAUGCCUAACCAAACACAACCUCAGGAGACCAAACCUGUGUCAACCAAGAAAGUAGCGGCCCCAGCUCCCCCUGAACCAGUCACACCCCCACAACCUCGACCAGCUGCAGAGUCCAGUCUCAGACAGAGCCAGAAUCUUCCCCAACAAUCUCUCAUGAGGCCCACUCCCUCUGCUGCACCAGGACCUGUGAACACAGAUGCUUCAAGCAGAGAAAUUACUUCAGCAAGGUCCAGGGAAGGAGCACGGAGGGUGUUGCAGCCAUCACCUGCAGCCAGAGCAGCUAGCCCAUUGAACAAGGAUAUUUCAACACCAAAUGAUCAAAGAAACGCGCAAGUCACAAUGAACAAAGAGGCACCCACAGCCAAACCCAGACAGAGGGUGAGUGGCAAAGAGCCAGAUCAACAGGAAGACGCCGUUGUGACACCAGUUGUCUCCGACAAAAACAUGAACAGUAACAUUCAGAUGUUAUCUAGUUCAAGUGUGAGCAGCAUGGACAAAAAAGGCAGACAGGUGGAGACCUUUGCAGCGUUUGAUCCAUUCCCCAGCACUGAUCUGCUUGCCAAAGACCCAUGGGCUCAGAUGAAGCAGAACCAAGAAGUUGAUGAUCAUUUUAAACACAAUGUACGAAAAGAGCAGAAACUUGAAGAUCGGGGAAUGACGGCACAUGAUCUGGAUAGCAUUUUUUAUCAAGACAGACUGACAGAUCCAUUUGCUGGAUUUAACGGCAGUGAUUCAGCCAAACACAGUGAGCACAGGGAAAAAGAUAAUUUAAAGGUAGACAGUCCGGCUUUCCAAAGAAGGAAUUCACAGAGACGAAACCAGACACCUCCUUCCACAACUCAUCCUGAUUAUAAGAUAUCGAAGUCUCCACAAGAACCCGCAUUUAAAGAAGAAUCAACCAGAACCUCAGCUAAUCAAGGCCUCAAUGCACAAAAUAUCAUCAAUGAGGCUUUUACACCAAAGCUACAAGCUGAUGUGAAGACACAGAGCCAUGUGUAUGGAGGAGAGGAUCCAUUUGGAGCUGAACCUUUCACCUUGAAUCACACAGAGCCCCACCAGGUAGUAAUGGAGGAGCCAGAGCCUCUGGCAGGAGGUCUGUCUGGGGGAAAGAUGCCUUUGAGGGCAUGGGUCACACCAUCUGAGACUCAGCCUGGCAAUGCUCAGAAUAGCAAUGGAGGUGGGCUAUCCUUUAUUCCACGCAGGCCUCAUCCUGUGAAGCCCAUGAGCACAGUUGAGAGCAAGAGUCCCUUUGGCACCCCUGCUGUGAAAGAGAUAAAGGUCCGUGACAGCACACCAGGGAAAAUUCAGCAGGCGAACACAGUGGAAAGUGGCCCUUACACCCAGCUGACACAGGAAGAGUUGAUCACACUGGUGGUGAAGCAGCAAACCGACCUCUCCAGGAAGGACGCAAAGAUCACCGAGCUCGAGGAGUACAUCGACAACCUGCUGGUCCGCGUGAUCGACGAGAAACCCUCCAUCCUGCAGUCUCUCAACGCUAAGCCGGUGUAAGGCGAUGGCUUCUGGGGAGAAGAGAGUCCCACUUAAGGACCCGGUUAUGUUUGUAUGGAGUGUUUGUACUGAGACACAGUCUCUAUGAAGGUCUGAGAGCAUAUGCACUUUUUCAGUUUCAGAGUCAGAUUUGUUUGAGAAUGCUGUAAAACUGACUCUGAACUCAUAACGUUUGGUGAUUGCUUAAUAACAAGCAAGGAAAAGAAUCUUUAUAGGCAAAUGAAUGUAUAUGUUUUGACACUAAGGUACUGGAAUUUGCUUUAAAUAAACGUCUUACUUUGAAAUCUAUUCAACAUCCUAAUUUACAUACUGUACUUGCUGAAACUUGGGUUGAGCUUUAUUCGAUAUACUAAUAAUACAGAGAAAAAAAAUAUUGUUUUGAUUUUUUUUUUUUUAAACCAUUAUCUGGCUGUUCACACCGUGCUUUGUGUAACUUAUUGCUGUGUGAUUAAUGAUUAUAAACAUAAACAAUCAUUACAAGUCCAUGCAGCACCUUGGUGUGGUAAGAAUGUAACAUUUCUCUCAUAUAAAUAUAUUUGCAGUACAUUCAUAAUUCAAUGCAUUUCUUCAGGUCAUAACUAAUUAAAUGAUUAUGACCUUAUGAGCUGAGUAAAGAUUAAGUCUGUUUAUAUAACAAGUGCACCCUGACUGUUCCCUGUUCUCUGUUUGCCCUUAUGGUUAGCAUGUGUUUUUUUUUAACAUUCCACCUUUGUUGUACUCACCACAGUCGAAUGUUGGCUCGUCUUCCAGUCCUUAGAACGAUACACUGUGCCUAUUAUUGCUUCAGAGGGGUCUUAUUUAGAAAACCAGCAAUAAAUAAAACAGGCAGCUUCUCGGGAGUGUAUACAGCUUGAAUUACACAGUAGUUCUCUUUCUUUCUUGUUGUAAUUUAGCCUGUGGACACAGAAAUAUUAUGCAAGUAAUCAUCCAGAAUCAAACUGUUUGUUGUAUUUAUAAAAUGAGAACCAAGAGAUAAUCAAAGUGUAAUCAUCAGAGGAACAGCAAUAGUAUCAGUAUCUGUAAUAAUAACCAACCAGCCUUGUCUUUGUAUGUGAACUACACUAAUGAAUGAACCCUGCAUAUAUGCCUUUAUAUGACUGUUAUUUUAUGUUUGGGCAGAAAUGAUAGCAAUAUUAAUCUUCAGAAUGUACAGCCCUGUGCCUUUGAAAUUUUUUCAUGACUUUUCUGUCUGAGUUGCUGGAUGGACGUUGUACGCUACCUCUUCUUUCUCUUUGGACUUGGAGGUUAAAGAAUGAUGUUCUACCUGUUCGUCUGACACAAUGAUAAUACUUCACUCGAUGUAAAACAUCUGAAAGAAGUGAUGCUGAGCAAAAUAUUAUUUUUAUUUGAAAUAAAGACACUAAUUAUUUCACCA